CUGGGCCUAUGUACACAACCGCACCUACUAGCCGGGGAGUAGAUGUGUUCAGUCACUGAGUAGAGGCCAACUAGUGAAUCUUCAUCUCCCUGGGAAAAGUACCUGAGAGGCAAACAGGAUGGCCUGGUGGAAAGCCUGGAUUGAACAGGAGGGUGUCACUGUGAAGGGCAGUUCUCACUUCAAUCCAGACCCUGAUGCAGAAACCCUCUACAAAGCCAUGAAGGGGAUUGGAACCAAUGAGCAGGCCAUCAUAGAUGUGCUCACCAAGAGAAGCAAUGUGCAGAGGCAGCAGAUUGCCAAGUCCUUCAAGGCUCAAUUUGGCAAGGACCUCACUGAGACCUUAAAGUCAGAGCUGAGUGGCAAAUUUGAGAGACUCAUCGUGGCCCUCAUGUACCCGCCAUACAAAUACGAGGCCAAGGAGCUGCACGAUGCCAUGAAGGGCUUAGGAACCAAAGAAGGGGUCAUCAUUGAAAUCCUGGCUUCUCGGACCAAGAACCAGCUGAGAGAGAUAAUGAAGGCAUAUGAGGAAGACUAUGGGUCUAACCUGGAAGAAGAUAUCCAAGCAGACACAAGUGGCUAUCUGGAGCGGAUUCUGGUGUGCCUCCUGCAGGGCAGCAGAGAUGAUAUAAGCGGCUUCGUGGACCCAGGACUGGCCCUCCAAGAUGCUCAGGAUCUGUAUGCAGCAGGCGAGAAGAUCCAAGGGACUGAUGAGAUGAAAUUCAUCACCAUCCUGUGCACACGCAGUGCCACUCACCUGAUGAGAGUGUUCGAAGAAUAUGAAAAAAUUGCCAACAAGAGCAUUGAGGAUAGCAUCAAGAGUGAGACUCACGGUUCACUGGAGGAGGCCAUGCUCACUGUGGUGAAAUGCACUCGGAACCUCCACAGCUACUUUGCAGAGAGACUCCACUACGCUAUGAAGGGAGCAGGAACGCGUGAUGGAACACUAAUAAGGAACAUCGUUUCAAGGAGUGAGAUUGAUUUAAACCUUAUCAAGGGUCAGUUCCAGAAGAUGUAUGGCAAAACUCUCAGCAGCAUGAUCAUGGGUGACACCAGUGGUGACUACAAGAAUGCCCUGCUGAACCUUGUGGGCGGUGACCCCUGAAGACAUCAAAAGAACAAAGGCAAGAAGUGUGAGCCACAGGCCCUGCUGCUUCAACCCCAAUCAUGGCUGGGGUGGGAUGGGGGAACACCUCACCCAGCCUUUAGUCUCUGUCUCCCAAUUUCCAGUGCUUCCCACCCAAUGCUUCUGACCCAAAAGGUGAGGCCAGCCUAGAUUCAUCUUUCCACCUCUCCCCCCUGAGUCAUUUCUAGGUAUUGCACAAUGCCCACCCUAGCAUUACCUCUGACCAAACAGAAACAUCAGCAUGAAGGAAUCAGCAGGAACUUGUGGGCCAUUCCUUCCUCCCACAAAAGCUCCUGGGCACAGGUUACACCAAUGCCUUGCCUCUGAUCCGUCUGCUCAACCAGGGUCUUUGGAGAAGGAGCCAACAUGAAUGGAUUUCUAGCAGGUGUCUUAGCUGAUAAGUUUCAGGAAGCCAGGAGGAGUAUGUAAGAGUACUGCUAUCUUAGAAAACACAGCAUGGGAACUCAGAAAGAGCCAUAUCCCUGCCAUUCAGGACGUCUGUAACUUUCAUUUACCAGAAAUUGUUAGGCUAUAGGUGAACGAAAAUUCUUACACCAUCCUAAUAACACUAAUUAGACUAUAAAUCAGUCCUGACCCAAGUUCACUGUAGCCUGGGACACUCAGGCUUAUCCAGGCAUUGGCCAAAUCAGCUAUUCGCUCCCUCCAUGGUGAAACUUGCAGAGUAGGAAGGCACCCAACCCUGAGCACGAAUCCUGUCCUCUUCCUGUGACCUCCAAACCUGAAAAAGCUGGGAGAACUCUUGCUAAUAUUUGUUGGGCUUUCAGAAUCAUAAACAUUUGUACUUUCAAAAA